AUGUCUCACCUGUUCUUGAUCCACCUCCUAGGAAUCUGGCUGCUGCUGAGCCAAGUUUCCACAGCACCCCAACCAGGAUGGUGGGAAGAGGUUGUUCAGAUGUGUGGUCGCCAAUUAGUCCGAGAAGUCAUCAACGUUUGUGGCCAUGUGACCUGGAACAGGCCAGUGAGAUAUCCCCAUCAGAGAUCUGCAGAUAUCAUGCCAUCCUCUCUCAAUGAAGAUAAAGAUGCCUUCAAUAUGAUGUUGGGAAUCAGUCCUAAUUUGCCCCAGCAGCUGAGGGCAACAGCAUCUGAGAGGCUGCCAUUGUCACUAGAGCUACAAGGACAAGAACCUGCAAUAGAGGAUUCAAAGCCUAGUCCUGAAGAGUUGAAGGAUAUUAUUCACAAUAGACAAGGGGAAGCAGAAAAUAGCCUUUCAAAAUUGGAAUACUUAAGCUUGAAUACUUAUUCCCGAAAAAAGCGACAGAUCAAUGAAGAUUCACUGACUGAGAAAUGUUGCCAACAUAAAUGUUCCAGAAGAUUUAUGCUUAAAUUUUGCUAAGAUGAAGCUAAUUGUGCACAUCUUACCUGAUGCUCACAUGUAUUCUUGAUGAAAUUUUUACUGAUAUCUCUUUCUGGCUGCAUGAUUAUUAGAAUAUGAGAAAUGACUAUUAUUUGAUUUUUUCAUUUGAUGUGAAAGGAAAUGUUCUUUCUGUUAUUGUAGUUUCUAUGAAUAAAACUUCUUGUGCUGAAA